AUGUGUAUCGCAGCGACGACUGCACCAACGGCGAGGCGUCGAACUUCGCUCCUGUACGAGCAACACAAAAGGAAAGCAAAAUUUAGAUGGAACGUUGUCAAGCUUUUGUUCGCUCUGCUCGUAGUUUGGUACGUAAAGUGGACGACAAAGACGGUACUUGAAGGAACAGACGGGACGUACGGAGAAAUGGACGAAGAUAUAUCGGCGGCGUCUUCGCAUCGGAGGAAAAACCAUCCGGUAUCUUUGCAAAAAGCAAACGAAGAUUAUGCUAGUAACGAUGAUUACUCCUCCUCCUCCUCCCACGACAAAAAUACGCAGACUACAGACUACGACGGCGCGACUAGCGAACAACAACAACAACACCAACAACACAGAACACAAAACCAACAGAAAAGCUCGAGCGUUCCAGAUGCAUUGCCUGCUGUGCGAACUAUUCCGAGACUGAUAUGCGGCGCGCAUAAUCAACCAUGCGCGCACGGAACGUGCAACGAUGACGAAACCAUGUGCACGUGCUCGAAAAUAUACGUAGGCGACUUGUGCGAUAGUCCAAUCAAACUAUCCGGGAAGAAACUCGGCGGCUCGCUCUUGCAAAGUUGGAACCUACCUUACACCGGUCCAAUCAUCAUGUCGAAAUAUAACUUGGGCAAGCAUAUGAAUACGAGGAAAACGGGCGUAUUGCAAUUGGAUUUACCAAACGAAGUUCCUAGAUUUUUAGGCCCGAUUGGUCCACCUUUGCUGAAAAUAUUACCAAGCGAUGAUAUCUUUAGAGGCAACCGGCUCUUUUUUCCAACGUGCGCCGUAAUCGGCAACUCUGGGUCCAUGAAAUCGCGCGUAAAUAGAAAUCGCGCGGCGGAGAUUGACGCGCAUACCGUCGUCAUAAGAUUCAACGACGCGAAGACAGACUCGAAUUACGGCGACAUCGUGGGAAGGAAAACGUCGAUGCGUGUGGUGAACGCAAAGCAUUUUGGGUUUCGCGAGACGGAAGAUGAAUUUGUCGUGCAGCAAAUGCGUUCUCCGCAAGCGUUUCGGUCGUUCAUGGGCGAGCACAGAAGGAACCCGGGAACGCCUUUAUACUCUUUACAUCCCGAUUUUGCAUCGUACGUGAUUAAAUCGUUCCCGAAAAUUCAAACGAGCGUUGGCUUUCAAGGGGUUUUGAUGGCGUUGAUGUCGUGCGGGACAGUGAACGUGUACGGAUUUUCUCUCGGACCGAACGAAGGCUUUUCGCAAUCGUAUUACAGACCAGAUUCGGACGAAGAUCUCGACGCCGACGAUGAUAGCAGUAGAAAUGCCGAAGUUCAAAUGCUUCGUAAACGAGAACAAACCGAGUGGAAGGCUUUGAGCGCGAUGAACGGGGCAGGGCUGAUUACGUUUCGCGAUAAGUGCGUUGAGAACUGUCAUGUGAGUCGAUCGCGUUGUGGUCAAUGCAUGAAAAAACAAGAAAAGGUGAUCACGGGUGAAGUAGACGACGUCGACGAUGGUGACGAGAAUAGCGGUAGCAAUGAUGACGAGGAUGGUAGUAGCGAAAACGAUGUGCGAGCGGAAGAAGAAGCGUGA